GUGAACUACAGCGGCUCAGAGCCCGGAUGGAGCAGCCAUUGGGGAAGUACACAGGGCUUUAACGUAACUGAGCAGGGCUCUCUCUGUGGAAUUAAAAAAAGACUAAGAGGCGAACGAAGACUGAAACAUUCAAGAUCUCCAGGGUCCCACUCGGCUACACACAUCCUUACCUUGAGAAACUGAACUGGGACUUGAAAGCAGUGGGACACAGUAACCGAGGCGACUGACUUGAACUGUGGAAGUUGGGAUAAAAUACUCAGCUGAGCCUGCGCUGUUACCACUGCUAGCCACACGCUAAGCGGCACUGUUAGCCUCUCAGCUAACUGCAACUGAGCUGUGAACUUGCUUUCAAAUCACGAGGGUUGAAAUUCAGAGACAAGCUCGGGCUCCGUGAGAAACCAGGGACUUGCUUAAUGAAUUAUGUCUACCACAAGCAUUGACCCUCAGAGAUCAAAGGGACAAGCGUCUAAAGUGCAAAAUGGUUCGCUGCAUCAUAAGGAGACUGUCCAUGAUAACGACUUUGAGCCAUACCUCACCAGUCAAUCUACUCAGAAUAACAGCUACCAGUCCAUCACCGAUCCCUACCUGUCAAGCUACUAUGCUCCAUCCAUUGGAUUUCCGUACACGCUAAGUGAGGCUCCCUGGUCCACUGGUGGAGAUCCCCCUAUUCCGUACCUCACGCCCUAUGGACCUUUGAGUAAUGGAGACCAUCACUUCAUGCCGGAUACUGUGUUUGGCCAGCCAGGUGGACUGGGAAGCAGUAUCUACCCCCACAGGUUUAACUUUUUCCCUGAAAACCCUGCCUUCUCUGCUUGGGGCACAAGUGGCUCCCAGGGCCAGCAGACUCAAAGUUCAGCUUAUGGUGGCAGCUAUAGUUAUCCUCCUAGCUCUUUGGGGGGCACUCUGGUGCCUGAUGGUCAGACUGGCUUUCACAAUGACACCCUGAAUAAAGCCCCCGGUAUGAACAGCCUAGAGCAGGGUAUGGUGGGGUUGAAGAUUGGAGGGGAUGUCCCUGGUCAGGGAACAGGAGUCAAGGCUGUGGGAUCUGUGAUUGGCGGACCUGCUGUGGCGGCUACAGGAAACGGUGCCACACCUAUUGGAAUGCCUCCACCCAAACCCACCUCUUGGGCAGCCAUUGCUAGCAAGCCUGCCAAACCACCGCUGCUCAAAGCUAAGAUUAAGCCAGGGAUGCCCAGUCCAGGAGGAGCUCUGCCCCCACCACCAAUCAAACACAACAUGAACAUUGGGACCUGGGACAAGGGCCCGGUGACUAAAGUAGCUCCACCCCCCCUACAGCAACAGCAGCAGCCUCUUGGCCUGCCUCAUGCAAUGCCACCUCAAGGACCCAUGCAACCCCCUCCUCCCCAGUCUUUAGUGCAACCGCAGAUUCAGCCUAUGGCCUUACAGCCCCACCCCUCCCAUCACCAGCACCAUCAGCCACAACCUCAACCCUACCAAAACCACACCCAGCCACCUCAGCCCCAAACCCGUUGGGUUGCACCUCGCAAUCGCAACCAGGCUUAUGGGCAGGGGGGCCCUGGCCAAGAUGGAAGUGGUAUGAUGGGAGUCGUUGGUGGUGUGAACAACGGCCCUCAAAUGGCUGCUGGUCAGGGUCCUGGUGGAGAAUCCCACCCGGUGCUAGACAAGUUGCGUGCCGCCCAUAGUUACAACCCCAAGGACUUUGACUGGAACCUGAAGAAUGGUCGUAUUUUCAUCAUUAAGAGCUACUCCGAGGACGAUAUUCACCGCUCCAUUAAGUAUUCCAUCUGGUGCAGCACUGAGCACGGCAACAAGCGGCUGGACUCGGCUUUCCGGGCCAUGAAUGGUAAAGGUCCUGUGUACCUGCUCUUCAGUGUCAAUGGCAGCGGCCAUUUUUGCGGUGUGGCAGAAAUGCGUUCGCCAGUGGACUAUGGGACCAGCGCUGGUGUUUGGGCACAGGACAAGUGGAAGGGCAAGUUCGAUGUGGACUGGUUGUUUGUUAAGGAUGUGCCAAACAGUCAGCUGCGUCACAUCCGCCUGGAAAACAACGACAACAAGCCAGUGACCAACUCCCGCGACACCCAGGAGGUUCCUCUGGAGAAGGCCAAGCAGGUGCUGAAGAUCAUCGCCACCUACAAACACACCACCUCCAUCUUUGAUGAUUUCUCCCAUUAUGAGAAGAGGCAGGAGGAGGAGGAGGAGGUGCGCAAGACUUUUGAACCUGCUCCGAUUCAGAGCCGCUCUCGGUUGGAUCAGGAGCGCCAAAACCGGAAUAAGCAGUAGAAGAUCCAUGGCUUGAUGACUUACACUAGGACUCAAUUUAAAGACAGAAGAAAAUGAAAAUGCAACCAAGCCCUUUUUUAUUUUAAUUUAAUCCUGGUAAAUUCCCUCCUUUGUUGAGACUUCUGCCCCUCCCCCCAUCAUUGAUUCUUGUGAAGCGAUAACAAACUGAUUAAAUGUAUUACCCAGCAGCCACCUCACUCGAGUUUUCAAUCCACUUUUUUCUUCUUGUUCCAUCUCGUACUCUUCUCUCACCGGACAGGUUUUUGCUCGCUUGUUCCCUCUCCCAACGUUUUUCCAAUUGAAUCAGGGUUUGACUGCACCAUGGACUAAAAAGAAAUACCAAUCUGCCACUUUAUAUUUCAGUACAAUCAGGAACAAAUGUGUCAUGCACCUAUUUGUCCACUUGGGGGACACGUUGCCAUGCUUUAUCGGUUCAACUGUGCCAACGGGGUUGGAGGAUCCUACAGGCAAUGUCGGACUUGGAACUGGGAUUUAAAAAAAACUUCAACGGUUUAUCUAUUUUACAUUCAAAUCAACAAGAUCUCUAUUUUUUGGCUUACUACUGACAUUUUUCAUUUUCAAAACCUGUCUUCUGGAGCCUUAUUAUUUUUUAAUUAUCAGUGACUUCUCAAAAGAACUGUUAAAACAGUGCUGGAGAAAUCAGGGAUAGUGUGAAGCCACACGGGACUUGAACCAUUUCAGAGGAGGAAACGCUAAGGCUUCUGGGAAACGAAAUAACGGACACGUCCUCUGCAACCAGAACUCCCACCAUUUAAAUCAGAAAAUUGUACUUAUGACACCCAUCAGAUCCCUCUCCUUAUGCUUUCUUUAGGUGUUUGUCUUAAAAGGGUUCGUUGUGUGUUCCAACAGAAGGUUCUGCUCAUGUACACAACCCAGUCUGAGAGAAUUGUCUCAUCCAACGUCACAAUUUCCUUUAAUGAUGUAACAUCUAAGUUGAAUUAUUACUGUUAUUUGUCACAAACAGUGGGAAGGGUUUGCAUAUUUGUCCAUUCACCGUCAUUCUGUCUUAAUCCUGUUUGUUUUCCUUUUUCUUGAAUUUGUAAUGCUGAGCUUUAACGUAGGAGUAUAUAUUCAUGGAGAAAGCCUAAAAAUGUAUAACCUAAAAAGUAAUGUAACUGAUUUAAUAUCGAGUAAGAAACAAACAAAAAAGAAGAAUGAAUUGUGGUUUCUGUGUGUUUUUUCGUUUAACUCUAGUUUGUUUUAGCCUGAAACUGUUGAUGAUUCAGGACAUCCUGAGCUUAAAAAAAAAAACUUCAAAAGACAGAUGUAUGUGCACAUGCAUGGCAAGCUGUAAAAUACGGUCACUUGAAGCCAAUAUCCUCCAUAUGCCUUUCCUUUGAGGUCACUGCUGUUUAGCAGACAUUCAAAGCCCAAACGCGGCGUUUGAGACGAGCCGGUUCUGUCGGGAAGAGUUGUGAUUGUUGGUAAAAUGUGGCUCGCAGGGUGACUGAUGCAGAAACACCAAACAUGGCUGCUGCUUUCAUUUGAAGAUAUGUGAAAUGAUGUAAGAAGUUUAAUCUGAUGUGAACGAUUUCACUGCAAAAGCUCCUGUUUGAAAUGAUUUGAAUCAAACAGAUGAUUUUAAAUAGUUGUGAGCAGGACAUGACAUUUUUGUUUUCAGUUAGAUUAUCUGUUUGGAUUGUCUACCCCGUGAUGGUAACGGUGGAUUGACUUUAGCACUUUGCUAGUCGCUCAAGGGUGAACUGUACAUUUCACAGAAGUAACUUCGAGAAGCUGGCUUGUGUUUUUACCUGCCCUGUAAUGACUUCUAACAUUAGCAUCUAUUGCUAAUCUCCUUUUUACCUGCACUAGCCAAAAGGGUAGGUUGAUCCAAGCAAUACGGUGGACACGUCCCCAUGGAGAUGUCCAUCUUCACCAACACAGCUCUGCGUUCCGUGGAGAAUGGGGCGGAGGUGAGAAGCUAAAGGAUGUCACCGCCGUAGCCACAACCUGUUUUUGUUUCUGUUCUUUGCCUCAGGAAGAGUGAACUGGUUGUGACUGGUGCUCACGUGCACAUCAAGGAUAGUUGUUUAGUGCACGAAGGAUGUCAGGUCAGCCUUGAACACUGCUAAAAGAUAAAUUAGAAGAAAUACUAAACUCUGAUUACCUAAAAGGCCACAUGUUGUAGUGGACACACCUUGUUCAAAGGAUUUAUCUUGAUUUUUCUUUCUAGAAGAAAUCAAGCCUUAAUAAACUAUCUGUUCAGAA